CUUCCCAGUUAUUGAAGGCUUCACGAAUUGCAGGUCUGGAGAAAACACUCCUGGAGCCUCUCAGCAGCUGCAAGCACUUCAGAGUACCAUAACCACUUGCAAAGUGAUUGGUGUUAAGAUAAGGAUGUGGAGUCCUGAGCAAGGAGUCGGCACAUCAGGUUCUGUUCAUUUAUAUUCAGUCCCAGCUGAUGCCUCAAACCCAGACAGCGUUGUAGUGUCAGUGUUAAACAUCAGUGCUACAUUGGGGUCACAGGCUGUUCUGCCCUGCAAGAGUUACCGCAUGGUGUGGACCCAGGAUCGUCUGAAUGACCGGCAGCGUGUAGUCCACUGGGAUCUGUACAGCAACUACUAUGGAGAUAAUAAGAUAGAGAGGCUAUGUGACAUGUACUCAGCUGGAGAUCAACGUGUAUACAGCUCCUACAACCAAGGGAGGAUAUUCAUGCCCCAGAAUGCAUUUACAGAUGGCAACUUCUCCUUGGUGAUCAAAGAUGUUGCAGAGAGUGAUGAAGGCACAUAUUCUUGUAAUCUUCACCAUCACUACUGCCACUUAUACGAAACUGUGAAAAUCCAACUAGCUAUCACCAAGAAAGCUGAGGAUGCAAAGCAGUACUGGGAUGGGGAAAAGCCUGUGAUUCUUGCCCUAGAAGGCAGCACAGUGAUGCUCCCCUGUGUGAACCAUAACCACAUCUGGACCGAACGGCACAGUGAAGAGGAACAACAAGUGGUCCACUGGGACAGGCAGCCCCCAGGGGUUCCUCAUGACCGGGCUGACCGCCUCAUUGAUCUGUACGCCUCUGGUGAGCGCCGUUCUUAUGGACCUCUCUUCAUUCGCCAGAAGAUGAACAUCACUGACACAGCCUUUGCCCUGGGUGACUUUUCCCUGCGGAUUUCACAGCUGGAAAGUGCAGAUGAAGGCACUUACUCCUGCCACCUGCACCAUCACUACUGUGGCCUGCAUGAGCGCAGGAUCUACCAAGUCUUCGUGACAGAGCCAGUGAGAGAGAAGAAGGUGGUGAACCUCACAACUCACAACAUUGCCCCAGCCAUAGAUCCAAAUGUUGUCAGGGGCCACAAUGUAAUAAAUGUCAUCAUCCCCGAGAGCCGGGUGCACUUCUUCCAGCAGCUGGGCUACAUCCUGGCAACUCUGCUGCUCUUCGUUGUCCUCCUCAUCAUUGUUGUCCUCGUCACCCGCAAGCGCCGGCAGAGGGGUUAUGAAUACAAUGUGAAGAAAUAUGGAGAGAAGGAUGUAAAUCUUAAAGAAUUUACAGUCGACACAACAGAUCUGACUCAAUACAAAAGUGAAGACAUCAGGCUGGAUUACAAAAACAACAUCCUGAAGGAGAAGGCUGAGCAAGCCAGAAGCUUCCCAGCAAAGAACAUUGAUUUAGACAAAGAUUUCAGGAAGGAAUAUUGUAAAUGAAGACAUUCCCAAGCUGCUGGCUGGACCAGAAGCUUCAAUCAAAGAUAGAUAAAUGGAAGAGAGAUGCCUUUUCUUAAUAUCAUGUCCCUCCAGUUAUCAUAGAUUUUUUCACAUAGACUUUCUCCCGACUAAGCACAAGGGUAUUUGCAAAUGCUUCUCGAAAGAGUUAGACCAUCUGUUUCAUGUGUACUUAUGAUGGGUUUGGGUUGCCUUUUCUUCUUCUGUUCUCCCGAUCCUCCAUUCCCCUUUUCUUUCUUGAAACUAUUGUUGAUUUUAUGCAUCAAUGAUUUUUAUGAGCUGAAUCAGCAGACCUUUUGCUUUGAUGUUACUGCUUUAAAUAAACCAACCUGCAUCACUAAUCUUGAGCCAUCAUUAUAUCAGGCAUUUUUCCAUGUAGUGUAUUCAUCAGAAAAAUAAUAGCAAAGCCUGAUUGUGAUCUCUCAUAGGCUGGCAUAAAUCAGUGUGACAUAGCACUUUACGUAUUCCAGGUGAAGUACAAAGAGUACACCCGUUCACAAAUGACAAUGUAAAUACCUCAUUUUAUGAACGGGGAAAUGUCAAUACCCUCAUUUUACAGGGGAAAGGGAGGCACACAAAUGACCAAGGAUAGGGUUGGGAUGAGCUCCAAAGAGCUCUGGAAGCCUAAUGCUGUGUUUCUCACUCUAAGCUUGUUUGUUGAUUUGUUUUUGUUUCAGUGCAGACCAAAUCAAAUUUGGCAUGAGCAGACACUUUCAGCUGAAGUUGAUGGAGUUACAGUGCUGUAAUACCAGUCUCAGUUAGAUCAGAACCAGAAAUAUUAUGGAGAGGGCUAAACUCCUGUGUGGAAUCUGGAAUGUGAUUUUCCUGCAGUCCUUGGGUGGAUCCAGGCCACACAGAGCUUGUGUGCACAUCAAAACAAAGGUAUGAUUACAGCACAGGCAGACAGAUUGUUAAAAGGAAUAGCUUCUCAUGAGCAGACCAUGAGGAACAAGAGUAACAACACACUCCACUAAAUAGCCUGUCAGGAAUUUUCAUGGGCCAGGAUCUCAGAAGGGCAGUCGAGGAGGGAGAUGCGUCCAUUCUUGUGGAUUUUGGCAUUGUUUUGGGGAGCGGAUACCUGAGAUAGUGGGGCUGUGGGCUGAAGGGGAGUUCUACAUAAGAACAGUGUGUCAGGUGGGGAUGUCAAAAAAUUGGAAGUCAAUAAUUCAGUGUUGUAAUCCAAGCAAGUUAAAGCAUCAGGAAAGCUGGAGAAAAUUAACAGUUCUACACAGCUCCUCUGACUACUUGGGAUAUUCUGUGGCACCAUUCCCAAAUCAGGCACGCCUGUGGUCCUUGGGGCACAGAGGAAAAGGUCUUUCCUACUGUUGUGAGCGUGAUGACAGUGGCUUGUAUUCUUGUUGUGUAAGGGCGAAGGGCUUGGUGACUGAAUGGAACUGGGGUAGGGUCUCCAGGAUGUUGCAGGUGGUGGAAGUGUGAAGAGGAGCUUGUGUGGAACUACCGUGAGGGUGAGGGAGGAUGUGAGGGUGAUGGUGUGGUUUCAGCCUUGAAGUAGUGCUUUGCUUGCAACUGGUAUCUCAGCAUGGAUUUCUUCCUGGGGAUGGAGAAUUCUGAGGUCUUUGCAGGCGAUGAAGUAGUUGUGGUCCAAUGAAAGCAUCUCAGUCUACCAGCUAAACAAUUCGGAAUGUGACCUGCUGCCUAGUAUGGUAUGUGUCUCGACUGUUGUUUUAGCCAUCCUCGCCACUCUUCCGGGAACGUGUCAGUGCUGUCUAAUAGGGGCAUAAGUUUGGUCAAACUGGAAAGAGAUGAUGUCAUGGCUGGGCAAAGCUGCCUACUGCAAGAGCACAUGUACUGUAAGGGUCCAGUGCUGUUUUGAGAGCUAUCCAACGCUAUGGGCCUCCCUCAUGCAGGAAUCAACAUCAAGUCCCAUACCUGCCCCUUCCUUUCCACUCCUACCAACUUGAGUGUCAUCUGACUGAUGCCAAUGUUUCUAGACAUCUAAAUGCCAUUUCAGACCCCCUCUCCCUCCUCCCACAAACACCACUGAUCUCUGCUGUUGUGUGACAGGGCUCAUUGAGACUCAGCAACUCAGAGGUAUACUACACUGGGUGUAAUGGUUGCCGAGUUGCAGCUACUCACGCUGAAGCUGAGCUCAGCUCCCUAGCUCUGCCAAAAGUGUGGUGGGUAAGGCCUCCUAUAUACCAGAAGGGACUGUAUUGUCUACUCGGAGGCUAGGACGUCAGUACUUCAAUGCACAUUUUUUAUAGGAGUGGAAAAUGGACGAUGUCAAUUUUUAUAGAUAUUAAUACUUCUCUCUGUUAGUGAGGACUAUGUUAAAGAAUAAAUAUAUUGGGGACCCUUAUUUUUAAUGCUUUCAAAUAUUAAAAACAUUAAUAAUAGAAUAUAACAGGUGGAGGAGAGCCUUCCUAAGCUACAGCUGGGCAGAUCCUUAUCUUUUAGUUUGCUUAGCCCUUCCACUGCUCUCUGGACAGUUUUUGUGAUUAACUGCCUUUAUUUUCACUUAAGAUUCACCCCUACAAAAGUGCUCAGAUUGGGCAGACCCAUGACUAGUGGAGAGGAGGGUCUGGGGUUGGGCCCAGGUCCCUGUUUGCCUGCCCUUCCCCCAAAGCAGACAGCCAUUCUUAGGCUGCCUUUGGCUGGACCUGAUUGAAACCCAAGGCGCAUUCCUGCAGGUGCAUAAGGCUGCGCUGGUUAUUCCAUCAGGGUGGCACAGUCUCAAGUAAUUGUCAUUAAUGUCUUUCUCCCUCCCUUUCAUGUCUGUGAGUCAAAGGUUGGAGAUCUUUACUUGCCAGUUCAAAUUGCUUAGUACAGCUCAUAUAGACACCAGCUCAAAGUGGGGUUACUCAUAAACUCCAGAGGCAUUUAAAUAUUUUAUUUGACUUCUAGGCUGCAAAAUAGCUUAAGGGAAAAAAAUUAAUGUGUUCUCUGAAACAAGCACUAGGAAGAGCUUUAUGAGUUCCUCAUCCUUGCUUUGAUCACUAGUUUGAAUUUGGCUAAUGGUCAGACAUGCCAGUACAACCCAAGACUGAUCAAGAUGGGAGUUCAAGUUGAGAUUAUAGCCCUUUUUUCUUCAGGAGAGGCAUAUGUUGUGUGAUUGGACUGAUGAUCAGAACAGUGGUUUUCAAAAGCAGCCUGCAUCCAGUAUGUAAUUUAGUAUAUUAAAAUUCUGCUUGAAAGAGAUCCAGGCAAGACUGCUGGAUAACCAGUUGUGUUUUCAAACUGUUGAAAAGAAGAGAGAAAGAAAACUGAAUGCUAAACUGAAGAGUUUUGUUUGUUUAUUUCUUAAUACAGAGGAAUUAUCAAAGGCUAUUUGCCCUUAACUACUGGUGAGAAGCCAUUUGGGUCCUUUACGUAUGCACUUUGUACUCUGUCAGUCUUUGGCAUUGGCAUUGGCAUGAAGUCUAGGUAGCUGAUCUUGCAUGUGAAAAUUAGAAGGCUUGACUUGUAAUUGACCACUAGGCUAGGGGCAGGACCACUGUUUUCCCUUCCCACUCUGCCAUAGACUCAGUGCAAUUCUAGACAGGUUGGUUUUCUCUCUCUCUCAUCUCAGCCUUUCUUUCCCUAAUAUGGGACAGUAACUUGCCUCUCAUAGAGAAACAAUUUUUUAAUGUGUGUAGCACUUUGGUAAAUAUGCUUUGCCUGAGUUACUCAAAGUAAUGUUCUUACUGUACUAAUGGAAUGCUGCAUCUUGAUAGACUUCUUUACCUGUCACUUUGCAGGCUCUUGGCAGGCUUUGCCUCAUUAUAGUCUCCUUGGUUUCCUGAGACAUGCAUUUUAUGUUCAGUUAGCUAAAAUAAUAAUAACCCCUAAUAUUUUUAUACCAAUUAAUUCUCAGUGAGUACUCUAGCUCAAUGAGGGCAGAGAAAUGAAAGUCUCUUUUUGGGUAAUAUAUGGACUGUAAGCCCUUGUUGUGGAACAAGGAAAGGGUGUAUGGCAGUGACCUUAAAAGGGGUUAAAACUGAGACUAGAACUAGAGCCCCCUCUUUUCAGCUCUGUACACACUCUGCUUCCUCUCAAGACUUGAGGAGGACUUGUUCCGUAAAGCUUGUUUUUUUUCUUUGUUGUAACAGAAUUAAUUUUCGUUAUUAUUGUUACUUAACUUUUACCAUUUAUCAUUGUUGUGUAACUCUCCUAACAUUUAAGAAAUAAAGGAGAAUAUAAUGGA